CAAAGCACCUCUCAUACUUCAGUCACUUUCAAAAUCAGCUGAAGCUAAGGAGGCACUAGAGAGAGCUCCCCUUCAGCGUGCCUGACGUUUGUGAACUUGGCUCCCUAGGAAUCUGAAGGAGAUGAUGGCAGGAAUGAACAUCCAGCUGGUGUGCAUGAUCCUCCUGGCUUGCACCUCCUGGAGUCUGUGCUCAGAUUCAGAAGAGGAAAUGAAAGCAUUAGAAGCAGAUUUAUUGACCAAUGUGCACACAUCAAAGAUUGGUAAGGCAAGUGUUCCCUCUUGGAAAAUGACUCUGCUGGAUGUUUGCAGUCUGGUAAACAACCUGAAUGGCCAAGCUGAGGGGACAGGAGAGUUUCAUGAAGAGGAGCUUAUUACGAGGAGGAAAUUCCCCACUGCCUUAGAUGACUUUAGCUUGGAAGCAAUGUUGACCAUAUACCAGCUCCGAAAUAUCUGUCACAGCAGGGCCUUUCAACACUGGCAGUUAAUUCAGGAAGAUGUUCUUGAUAAUGGAAAUGACAAAAAUGAAAAGGAAGAAGUUAUAAAGAGAAAAAUUCCUUACAUUCUGAAACGGCAACUGUAUAAGAAUAAACCCAGAAGACCCUACAUACUCAAAAGAGAUUCUUACUACUACUAAGAGGAUAACUAUUUUAUUUCCAUGUGAACAUGACUUAUCAUUCUUUAAUUAAGUAUCAAAAUAUAUCUGUGUGGAAAUGUCUCUUCUACAAUUGUGGCUUAUUGGAUGUGAUUUUUCUGCAUUAAUAGAAAUUGGACUAAAUGUGUUCAAAUAAAUAUAGAUCUUGAGCAUGA